UAUGGCUUCCCCGCAAAAAAUCUACUUCCCUUACAGCUACGUUCCGAUAUUGUACCGAAGACAUGUGAAAACUUUCGCGCCCUUUGUACUGGCGAAAAAGGAUUUGGCUUCAAGGGAUCGGCAUUUCAUCGCAUCAUACCUCGCUUCAUGUGCCAAGGUGGUGAUUUUACACGACACAACGGCACCGGAGGCAAAUCGAUUUAUGGUGAAUGUUUUCCCGAUGAGAAUUUCCAAUUGAAGCACACAGGACCGGGUAUUCUAUCGAUGGCCAAUGCUGGACCCAAUACUAAUGGUUCUCAGUUUUUUAUUUGCACUGCCAAAACGGAAUGGCUAAAUGGUAAACAUGUUGUGUUUGGUAAUGUGGUCGAGGGCAUGGAUGUUGUGAAGAAAAUCGAAAGUUUUGGUAGUGAUUCGGGAAAGCCCAGCAAGAAGGUGGUCAUUCAGGAUUGUGGUGAAAUGAAAUGAGGAGGAGGAGGAGAGG